GCCCGCCGCUCGGAACGGCUUUCGCUGGUCACGCGUGCGCCGGAAGCGGCGGGCCCGAUCGCGGCGCACAUCCGGCGCCGUCUCUCUGCGCCGCGCGUUGCCUGCCCAUGGCCGCCUCCGUGGAUUUCAAAACCUACGUGGAUCAAGCUUGCAGAGCUGCAGAUGAGUUUGUCAACAUUUAUUAUGAGACAAUGGAUAAAAGAAGAAGGGCUUUAACAAGACUUUAUUUGGACAAAGCCACGUUAAUUUGGAAUGGUAACGCAGUGUCUGGGCAAGAAGAACUGAGUAAGUUCUUUGAGAUGUUGCCAUCUAGUGAGUUCCAGGUUAACGUGUUGGACUGCCAGCCCGUUCACGAGCAAGCUACGCAAGGGCAGACAACAGUCCUCGUGGUGACAAGUGGGACAGUAAAAUUUGACGGUGACAAGCAGCGCUACUUCAACCAGAACUUCUUGCUGACAGCACAGGCCACUCCUACCAACACAGUGUGGAAGAUUGCCAGUGACUGCUUCCGCUUUCAGGACUGGGCCAGUUAGUGAGGACUGCCUGAGAAAGUGACCUCUCUCAUGGGACGGGUUGAAGUCAGCUGUACGGACAGCAGUUGCCCUGCAUGGGGAACACUUGCUCUUCAUCUUGCGCCUGUCGUUUAUGGAGGGUCUAUCAUGAGUGUUUGAGGGUUGGUCUCAGUGACUUUGGGUUUAGUAAUAAACAAUCUUAAAAUGUUAGAGGUUGCUGAUGUUAGUCAAACCUAAUAAAAUGCUAAAGGCA